AUGGACCAAGUCGAAGCUAGCAUGGAACACUUGAAGCAAGAAGCUUUGCGAGCAAUGGAACGGUUGAUAAUUGAUGUACGAAUCAGAAUGGGAUAUCUACUCGAAUUUGCGGAAAAUACGGUGAGUUUGGCCCCCUUGAUACAUAUCAGGGAGACAACUAUAGAUGGAGCUCACGCAUGUGCAAACUCUAUCCGAGCAUUGGUGUUGAAGGCUGAAGCUAUAUCCUUACUAAAUGAAAUUUUUAUAGAAGCGGGGUUUCUAUUGUGGUUCAUGGAGAACACCUUGACAAUCGCACCGCUGAGCCGUAUGAACGAGUCAACACUGCCCCGAGCUUCGGAAAUUGCAUCCGUCAUCCAACAGAUUCAUCUCGGUGAGAAUCUUGGGGAUGGGAUGGUGGAUAAUUACUAG